AUGAGCUACUUCCCUCGCCUCGCUGAGCGUGAGACGGCCGCCGUCCGCAUCGACUGGGGUGAGUACCGCGCCGCCGGCUGGAGCAACUACCUGCGUCCGCGGCCGGGCAAGGGUGUGCGCCGAUCGGUUCUCGUCGCGGGCUGGUGCGUGUUGCACGCCUUCGAGGCGGUCUGCAUCUUCGUGUACGGUCUCCCGUUUGGGCCCGGCGGCGCGCCCAUCCGCACCAUCGCCUGGCUGAUCUUCACGGCGGCGGCCGGCGUCGCCUACCUCCGCGUUGUCUUUUCCGACCCGGGCUUCCUGACGACAGAGGCACUGCAGAAGCUCGCCGACGCCGCGGCCGGCGCCGGCGUGAUUGACGUGCGCGGCAGUGCCGAGGAGCGCGGCGAGUUCGACGAGGCGGGCUGCCUGCUGCCCAUCCGCGCAAAGUACGUCAAGAAGCAGCGCGCCAUCGUCGCAAAGUUCGACCACUACUGCUACGCGCUGGGCAGCCCGGCCGGCCCGCGCAGCCGCAACUCUGUCGGCGAGCUCAACCACGGCGCCUUUUGGCGGCUGCUCGCGCUGCAGCUCGCCUCGAUCUGGCUCGGCAAGGGGCUGAUCGACCACGCGUACCACCACGGCGCAGCGGGCAGCGCGCAGAACCUCGUCAACCUGCCGCUGCUCCUGCUCGACGCCCUCGCGUGGGCGAGCGGCGUCCCGCUCGCCGUCCUGCUCGCGAUGCACUCCUUCAUGGCCCUCACCUCCUCCACCACGCACGAGUUCCUCAAGCUGGACAAGCUCCGCUACCUCCGCGGCUUCUACGAGUGCUCAUGCCCCUUCUCCGAGGGGCUCCUCCCAAACUUGCGCCGCUUCUGCUGCCCGCGCCGUCCGCCGCCCCUCUGGGAGCGGCCGCCGCCCGAGCGCGAGUGGCCUGAGACGAUAUGGCGGAACCGCUACUACUCGUGCUUUGGCUGA